AUGGCAUGGACAUAUUAUCAAAUUAAUAUAGCUGUGCUUAUGGUUAUUACUGGAUCUUUUAAUACUUUAUCUGUAAAAUAUGCAGAUCGACAAGUGGUCCCGGGUGAAGAUGGUCAGCCUAGACAUUUCAAUCAUCCUUUUAUGCAAUCAUCUUUCAUGUUUAUUGGUGAAAUGAUGUGUUUUGUAGUAUUUAAAAUUAUUUAUCAUUAUUAUAAUCGCAGAGGUGACAGUUCUGUGGACAAUAAUCCAUUAACUAAAGGCUCACAUGUAUUUAAUUCUUUUAUUCUAUUAAUUCCUGCAUUAUGUGAUACAUGUGCUACCUCUAUCAUGUAUGUUGGCUUGACUAUGACAUACCCAAGUAGUUUUCAAAUGUUUCGUGGUGCUGUCAUUGUAUUUACAGCUGUUCUCUCAGUUGGUUUUCUUAAUAGAAAACUAGGUAGUAGAGAAUGGAUUGGUAUAAUGAUGGUUAUAAUUGGUUUAGCUCUUGUUGGGCUCAGUGAUAUAACUAUGGACAAGUCAAAUAUCAAUAAAAAUUCUAUUUUAACUGGUGAUUUGCUUAUCAUAUGCGCACAAGUUCUAACUGCAAUUCAAAUGGUGGUAGAAGAAAAAUUUGUAGUGGAACAAAAUAUACCAGCAUUAUUAGCAGUUGGUUGGGAAGGUAUAUUUGGAUUCAUUAUAAUAUGCAUCCUAAUGAUUCCACUUAAUUUUAUACACGCACCACCACCAUUUGCUGAUAAUUCUCGAGGAACUCUUGAAGCAACUAAAGAUGCAUUCAUUCAGAUUGGAAAUAGUGGUCAUUUAUUAAUGGCAAUAACUGGUAUAUCAUUCAGUAUAGCUUUCUUCAACUUUGCUGGAAUUAGUGUUACUAAAGAAAUGAAUGCUACCUCAAGAAUGAUUUUAGAUAGUAUUCGAACAAUUAUCAUAUGGGCUGUUUCUUUAGUAUUUAGUUGGCAGGAGUUUCAUUAUUUACAACUCAUCGGUUUUAGCGUUCUAUUUAUUGGAAUGUGUUGUUAUAAUAAUGUUGUUAUUCCUCAAUUAGUAAGAAAAUGUAGAUAUCGUUUGGGCCGUCAUAGGCCACCUACAAACGAUCGUGAGCGAAUAAUUAAUACGGCAGCAGAUGACAUUCCAGAAGCUCAGUAAAGUCCUAUAUAUUUUUAAGUGUGCCUGGAUGUUUACCAUUCGGUGAUGUUGAAAGCUGUUAUAUAGUUCUUUUUAACGGAUGGUAAAGCCUAUAAUUAUAAUAACAUGUAAAACAUUUUUAAUUUGUUCCAUUUGUAAAAUCAAUUACCACGUUAAAAUUAUUACAUUUACAAUGUUAAUUUCACGAACAAAAUUUUUUCU